GAUCGUGCAGAGCCGCCACCUCUGAACACCAUCUUCGACAUGGCUGCCAGCGUCAGCAAGAUACCGAACCCACUCGCGAUACCGAACACACCGAUAUGACCUGCGCCAUACACGUUUGGCGAACAACUACGAGGGCGCCCUCCGGAACAACACGAUCUACCCGCUGUACGGCAGCCCCUCGGUCGACUGAUGACUUCGAAACCUCCAACCAUCCUCGCAACACGCACAAAUCUUCAGGGCCUCUGGCUAUGUUCAGAGCACUUUCUGUGUCUUGCGCCGUAUUUGUACACGAUGCAGCGAUCUGCUCGAGUCGUCAACGCCGUCCGGAACUUGGUUCAACAGACACCCAGAGACUCCAACUGUUAGUCAGCUUUUCUACCAACAACAUCCGGCGCAGCGUUCCAACUAGAUGCACACGACGUUACGACCGUCACCGGAAUACAUGUUGUAAAAGUGAGCAGUAUCGCGAGACCUUAGACCUCUGCUUCCAGGUUCUUGAUCUACAACACGUAAAGAGCUAUCAUUAUGAAGGCAAUCUUAUCUGGAGACUGACACAUCAAACCAGCAACAUGGCAGGCUAGCAAAAUCGUGAAGACGAGCUAAGCAGCCAGGAAGACGCAGCGAAGAUGCAGACACUAACCAAGAGCCAUACCCUGGUGUAUCGUAGCUUAUCGAUAGCAAGAUGCAGCGGAGAGUCUCCGCCACAGAGCCGCCGCAAAGACAUUGGUGUACCUUGCGGCAUUCUCGCUCGAACCCAACCGGAUCAACCUAUCUGCCCUGAACAACUCCCACAUGUGACCACUUCGGUUAAACUGCUCCA